CACAUCUGGCAUCUCUCGUGGAAAUUCCUCAGCUGGAGCUCUUAUUUAACUCUGAGAUCGGGAAAUUGUGAAUGGAAAAAUGUUUCGAAGGCAAGUUGCAAGUCUCUCACGCCUGCAGCACCUGCAGAUGUCCACCAACGCGGCACCGGCGCCGACCUCAACAUCAGCAUCAUCCGGCGAAGCAAUCAGUGAAUUUCGCACUGCAGUAACCAAUCCCGGCGAGCAUUCGUCACUGCAUGUGGCCAAAUUCUAUACCAUCCCAGUGGAGCAAAAGAAGAAAAUCUUUGGUGGCGGCGGCCUUCCCAAGCAGUAUGAGCAACAGAUAAAAACCUUUCAGGAAGCCUGCCUCAUGGUCCGUUCACCGGCUUUGGAACUGUUGCACUACAUCCAGAAUGCCGACCUAAGCAAACCGGCUGUGCGCUAUGUUGUGUAUGGCGCAAAUGGAGUGGGCAAAACCCUUACCAUGGCUCAUGUGUUGCACUAUGGAUCACUGAACGAUUUCAUGCUUGUCCAUGUGCCUUGGGUUCCCAAUUGGAUGAAGAGGCCGAAGGAGGCAGCUAAUUCAUCCACCCAAGAGGGAUUCAUAGACUUGCCAUUUGAUGCCGCCGCCUGGUUAGUGCAUUUUAAGACACAGAAUUUGAAGCUGCUGCAGCAAUUGGAUCUGAAAACGAGCAAGGAAUAUGUCUGGAGUAAGCGAGAAAGUACACCGGCUGGCUCUACCCUAUUGGAACUGGUCGAGCAUGGUAUUGCCCGCAUAAAGUAUGCCUCAGAGACAACAGCAGCCUUAAUUUCCGAAAUCAAACAACUUUCGAAUGCCGGUAAAUGCAAGACCAUGGUGGUAAUUGAUGGCUUCAAUGCGUUCUUCCAUCCCGAAACUCGCAUCUUCUCGGAAAACAAACAGAGGGUGACACCUGAUCGUAUUACUCUGACCCAGCCUUUCCUCGACAUCACUUCCUAUGACUGGACAAAUGGCAUUUGCAUAUUGUCAGUUGACAAAAUAGCCAUGACCGAAGGUUAUAUGGCAUCCCAUAUGCCCAGAUAUUUGCUUGGCAAGGAGGGUUUUGAGCAUUUGGAUCCUUUUAUUCCUGUACAUGUGGAAAAUUACACGGAGAAGGAGUUUUAUAAUUAUAUAAGUUACUAUUUGGAUCGCCGUUGGAUUAACAAAACACCACCGGGCUUCGAGGAACAAUUAAAAUUUAUGAGCAAUAAGAAUCCCUAUGAGUUAAUGCAGCUGGUCAAGAGCUUGUAGAGCGGAAGGAUCAUAUAUGUAUAUGUAUAUUGUUAGUUCAAAUAAAUCGAAAAUUGAUUUUUGUUAAAAAAA